AACUUUUGUAUAGUAUCGACCAAAUGACAAAACAUAUUGUCACAAAAAUUUUUUUAAAUAACUAUACAAAAAAUCUCAAGGAUUUCAGUAAGUUCUUUAUCAUUUGUAUAUUACAAGGAUUAGUCAUUAUGAUGAAUCCAUUUUUAGUGUCCGUUCAGAUAUAUAAAAUUUGCUUUAAUGAUAUUCAACAUAUUCACUACAUUAAGAUUGCUGAGGUGUUGAACUGAUUCUUAAUAAUAAUACACCAAGAAAUGUGCACAUAUCUAUGAUAUAAGUGAGUAUACCGUAUAUCUCUGCAUAUAAUUAAAUACACAUAUUUUUUUUUCUAAUUUAAUUUAAAGUUUGCAAUUUAUGAGCAUUUAAGCAAUUUUUCAUUUAAUAGUAUAUAUUUAUUUAUUUGCAACAAUAUUCCUUUGAGCUAAUUAAAUUUAAUGACACAAAGCACAUAUUAUUAGUGCAUAAAGCACGUCAUAUCAAUAGUGCCCCAUAGCCCAGUUUCAUAAGUUUAUCCACAUUGCAUGUCAAAUUUUAUAAUGAUAUAAUGAAUUUGAAAUUUUUAUAACCGUUCGCUUUGUAAUUGGAAAUGGCCUUUUUAUUAAAAUUUUAUGGCUUAUUUUCAAACUAAAAGUUGGGGGUCCCAUUAUACGUUGAUUGUAUUAUACACAUUUAUAUAGGGUAGUAAUCCAUGCAAAUUUGUACCUUGCAUUAUUAUUAUAACUCUUGCAGAAGGGUUACCAUGUUCUAAGCAAGUAAUAUUCAAAGAUAUAUGCUUGGAUACGUCAGAAAUCAAAUUCUUUUAAUAUUGAAUAUAUAUAUAUACAUAUAUAUAUAUAUACACACACACACACACACAAAUACACUCGCAAAUAUUUUGGGCAUUACCCUGGGUGCAUUUUUAAAAUCAGCUUCUACCACCUUUUAGCCAACAUGGAAAUAAAGAGCCCCGUAAAAAGACACAUUUACAAAGAAACCAAAAAUGAAUUUUUAAACGUUAUCUUUAAAAAAGUUAUUGAUGAAAUCUGUUGUAAACCUUUUGGGGCUCAGCCAAAUAUUUCGGCUGCGUCUGGUCAAAAAGCAUAAUUACAAGUCAAAUAAAAUCUGUUAAAGUUGUCCCAUUUAAACAUUAUUCACCAAUAUCAAAGCUUUCGGCAUGUAUCAAUGUAUUAAAUUUAUUAAAAUAAAAUAGGACCCGAAAGGAAACACAUUGGGAUCACGUUAACUGGUGGGUUCCAGUUGCUAGUGGGAUAAAUUACCUGGUGGGACUCCAUUCCUUUGUAAGCUCCCCUUUUAUGGCUGCUUGACAUUCCUCUGUGGUUCUCUUUCCCAGGGGGUCCCAUUCCAGGGAUUAAAUUUAAAAUUAUCCCUAAGAUAGUGGCAAACUUUUGUCAGGAUACAUCAUAAAAAUAGAAAAAUAUAUAUAGUUUAGCCAUUAUAAGGGAAAAUUGGUUUGGAACUGUCUAAGAACUUUCUAACAAAUAUAUUUGUAUUUUAUUUGAUAAUGUUCAAGAAAACACAUUUAAAGUUAUAAAAACAGAGAAACACGAUAAGGGCAUUUUAUAUAAUAUUAAAACAGUUGUAGAAAGUAAUCGAAUUUUUCCAAGAUAAUCUGAAAACUUUAAUAAACAUAUGAAGCGAUAAUUCAUUAAAUUGGAGAACAAAAAUAGGAGGGCACAGAAAUCUAUAAAAAUAAACGAAACUUUCCAUAGGAAAAACAAACUAAUCUUAAAACUCUCAUAGAAAAAUGGAAUAUUCUUGAAUAACCUAGAAACUUUGAGAAUUUUAUAAAUGAUAAUUCAGCAAGACUGAGUGAAUUUCCAGAAAGGCAUAGAAAUCUAUAGAACGUUACUAACAUUUCCAUGAGCUUUUAGAUCCCAAUAUAUAUGCCAAUAGAAAAGUAUAGAGCUUUCUGUAAAAUUCGGUUUCUGCUCCCCCACCUCCUACUAUCAAAGGGACAAUACGACGCCUUUACAACUAAAAGAAAAACAUCAAACCAGUGCUAACUUUCCAAAACUCAGCAUUAUACCAUACAUUUUUGCAUACAUUGCCUAUAUAUUUUUAACUAAAGAAUUAUUAUAUAUAUAUAUAUAUAUAAUAUACUCUUUAUCAAGAAUGGGAUUCUUUCAUCUAUUUUAGCAGAGUAUAAAUUAGUUUAUAUGAAUAGAUAUAUUUUUAAACAUUGUUUUUAGUAUCAGCAACUUAUUUACUUUAAUGUUUAUCUGGAUAACUUUUGUUUCUGACUUUAGCAACCAGCAUAGAGGUUACAAAAUCGUUAUUACCUGCGAUUAGUAGGGAGGACAUAAGUUUUCACAUCACUCUGGAAAAGAGAAAUUCGUCAGGUACUGAAAAUUUCUUUGUAAAAUUUAAUUGAACUUAAAUAUGUCAAACGUUCAUUUGUCUGAUCUCAGAAUUGAAAAUUAUCGCUUUUUAUCAUUUAGAAUCUAAGUUUUAAACUUACUUCUAAUUUGUUUGCACUGUAUAAUUUUGUAUCACAUUUUCAAUUAUAGUUGGUUUUUUUUCGAUAAACUAUUUAUGGAUAAAAUAACACUUCCACAUAAAAUGUUCCUUUAAGAGAAGAUAGUGCAUAGAAUAAAAUAAUUUCUUGUGUUAAACAAGGUGAUUUGUAAUACAGUGUAAUAUGCACAUAAUGAUUAACUGUAGGCAUUAUCCUGGUCAGCUGAUUGGUGUAGAAAAUCAGGACUAUCAUUUUUUUCUGCUGCUUUUCCAAAAAUAGAUGAUUAGAUCACAAUGCCCUAUGAAUAAAAUCUGUUGAUACUUUAUCUUUGCAAACAUUAAAAGUCUAAAUAUUUAUUAAUAAACUAGUUUAAAGAUCGAAUUAUCCCCGCCUACAUACUGCAUUCAAAAUAUAUCUCUAGAUUUUACCUGGAUUGUGAAGCAGGGGCUGGAGUUUUUUUACAGUGCAAAUACUCCAUGCCAAAUACAAUGUGUAGGAUAAUAAUAAUAAAAAAAUGGAGGGGCAAUUUGAAUAACCAAUGUUUCAGAUAAUAUACUUUAAUAAGUUUACAAGAUACCUAUUUAAGUGGUUGACGAUAGCUUUGUCAAUUUUUUAAUUUUAAUUUUUUUUUCCUUUUUUAGAUUUAGAGCGGAAUUUUAAUGAUAUUUUUAAAAAGCUUUAUGCUGAUUAACAAUCUUUUUAACUAGAAUAUCAUGGAUACAAAUGUGACAUGUGUGUUUCUUUACUUCAACAGAUGAACGUGUGGGUAUUACGGUGUUUAAAAACCUAAAGAGUUUAAAAAAGUAAUUCCAAAUUUAAUAUUUUUUACUCUAAUUGCAGUAAAGAAAGAAACAUAACGUGGUGGGAUUUUGAGAAUGAUUUAACAUAUAUAUGUGAAGUGGACAUAAACAUUUAGCAUGUCCCGCAAUCUCUUUAUUAUGUGUUUGUAAACAACCAAUGCUAGACAAUUUUACCCUUUCCUUCUGCUUCAGUAGAAUGCACCAUUUGAUUAAAAUUUAAAUUCAUUAACUUUCUUUACACUGAUGAAGGUUUGUGGUCAUAAUAUAUUACUAGAACAUUUGUCUUUUUAAAAAUUAACAAGCUUAAACUUCCUUAAAUGACUAGCUACAUACACAUGCACUUAACCUUACUUGAUCACAUAUUCCGAUAUAGCUUGUGUCACAAUUUUAUUACAAAUAGCCACAGGCUACAUUAUGGAUAGGCUAAAUUUCUUGCAUUUCUACUGCUCGCUGAAGCCAUACCUUCUAAAAAAAUGAUAAAGAAUUGUUUGGUUUAGCGUGAAGAUUUUUUUACACAUAUAAAACACAUGUUUCUUUCUGCAUUCAGAAAUUUAAACAUUAGUCUAGGAUCUAAAGUAAUCGCAAUUACCGCAUCAGUUCACGUGAAAGCUGUACAGAUCGUUUUUAAAAUUGAAGAAGUAAGUACUGCAUGAAGUUUACAUUUUUACCGUAACUCAGAGUUGUUUCAUCUUAUUGAAUUUUAAUUUUUUACUUCCAAUGUUUUCAUUUAUUAAAAUUGAUGUCAUAGAAUUUAGACAAUUGUCUUCAAUGGUGCUAUCGAACUAUGGAACACAUCUAUCUUUUGUCUGCAACAAUUUUGUCGUCAUGUUCAAAUCUGGUUUUUUAAACAAAUGAAUUUACUUGUCAUUGCAAAAAGUAUCCAUAAAUCCUCAAACUAUAUAAUAGGAGGGAUGGGGGGGGGGGGUCAGGACGAGGGCUAUGACCCUGUCCCUCUGACACUGUGUGGUUGGGGGGGGGCUGUGCGAUGUUUUGAAUUAAAAUUUGAUUUGAUCUUAAUGCCCACUGCACAUAUCUUAUUUGGAGUAAUUGUAGCGCAAAAAAAAAACACCAAAACUAAUAUUAAUAUUAAAAAAUUUAAAUGAAGAAAUAGUUUUGUUAUUAUUUUAAUUUAAAAGUAUGCGCCUGCUUUUUGGCUAAAUAUAUGGUCAAUGUCAGGUACAAUUUUUGUUGCUUCUAACAGAAUUCGUAUAUAUCAGCCAGGUAAAUGUCUUCAGUCAGACCUUCAUUUGCCUCAAGUUAGUUGUUUAGUUCUCCUCCCUUUAACUUUAAACAUUCCAAGAUCUUUCUGGAUAAGCCUAGUUAUUCUCUAUGGUUGCAUCUGGUGCUCAGCAAAUGUACAAUUCCUGCUGUGACUGUGAAAAGAGUGGUUCUCAACUUUCCUAAUGCCGUGACCCUAUAAUACAGAUCCUCAUGUUGUGGUGACCCCCAACAAUAACAUUAUUUUUGUUGCUACUUCACAAAUAUGUGUUUCCAAUGGUCUGAGGCGACACCUGUGAAUGGGUCGUUUGACCCCCAAAGUGGUCGCGAACCACAGGUUGAGAACCACUGGUGUAGAGGCUUUAAAGUAUCAACCUGUAUUUCUUUAAUAAAAUUUAAAUAUUUUUUUUUUCGUCAUCCUCCAAAGAUUGUAAAAAAACAGUUGACGUUUUAAUGUCGAAGAAAUACAGUAUAUUAUUUGCUUGCCUGAUUUUGUACUUGCCUUUGAAUCAAUCUCAGCAUUAGAAACCAAGGUCCGCCAUGCAAAUGACCAGUUCUGAUGUGGUCAUUUCCUCUCUUCAUAAUAAAAUGAAAAUAUAUUGCCUAACGUGUUAUGAAAACAUAAAUAACAAACUAUCCCAUCUGGUCAAUGUUUUAGUUGGUAAUAAUUUAACCAAGUCUUGAAAUAGCCAUGAAGCUUGAACAAAGUAUUGAACAUUUCCAACUUUUGAGCACUAACAAUUCAGUAAAAUAUUAAUAUUUAAAGGCAAACGUAUUUGACAAAACUUCAAAAAUUAUCUGUUCAAUUUAUAAUUCGUUCUUUUUUUUUCAUUAGAUAAGUGGAACCACUCCUACAUGCCACUUCCUUCAAUCCCAUCAAAGGUAAUAUUUGUAUUCUGCCCUUCAUUUACUAUUUGUGAAACUUCACUUCAUUGAAUAACAUUAAUGUAAUAUUUGUAUUCUGCCUUUAAGUUUGUAUUUGUGAUUCUUCACUUCAUUGAAUCUAAUUAAAGGUAAUAUUUUUAUUAUGCCUAUAAGUUUGUAUGGUGAAUUUUCUCAAUGAAAAAUAAGUAUUAUUUACUAAACAUCGAGUAUAGUUAAAUCUCUACGAAUAAUUUCUAUGUCCUGAGAUAGACUUAAGCUUUUGGAAGCAGUCAUAUUGGUCUUCCUUUUAAAAUUGACUGUUGAGAUAUUAAUAUGAAUUUAGAAACUUUUCUUUUGCUUACAAUGUAACUUACAUAACCAUUAAGUUGGGCAAACGUUUUAGAAAUGUAAGAGCAUUUUUUUUUUUUUUUUUUUUUUUUUUUUUUUUUUUUUUUAGCUAUAUUUUUUGAAGAUGUAUUAACAAAAUUGAAGAGUCAAUAAUAUUAAAAUGAAGCUUUAAGAAUAAAUAAUUAUUUUUAAAAAUCUAUUUGUAUUCCAUUUGUGGUUGAUGUUAUAUCUCUCAAAGUCUUAACUGGAAAAACAAAGAAACAACCAUCUAAAUAAAAUUGAAGCUUUUUUUUAAACCAGGACAAAAGAUAUUUUUAUACUCAGCUCAGUCAGCUGCCAAAAAAAUGUCAUCUUUUCAUAUGUAUUUAAACCUGGAUGCCACAGAAGGGAAAUGAACAUAGACAUGGUCGCCAUAAAGCACCCCAUAAAGCACCCUAUAAAGCACCCUAUCUAACUCUGCUAACUUUUAAACAUUGAUAAUACCUUAUUUAAUGACGUAUUAAUCCAGUGGGCUUGUUUUUGUUUUUUUUAAUGUGCUCGCAAAAAGUGACUUAAUUUUUCCUUGUUUAUUUUUCACUCUGUAGAAAUAUGACAUGGGAAACACGGGGCUGUGCCACCGAAAUCCUCAACUCCUCGGUGCUGGUGUGCACAUGCAAUCAUGCAACCAUUUUUGCAGUCAUUAUGUCUCCAUUCAAUGCUGUGAGCUUUUCUUUGUUUUACCCAUUUCUAAAGAUGUGCAACGAAAGAAAUUGUCGAUAAAAUAAGAAGCUCUUUUUGUAAAAUACAGUUUAGAAACGUUAAAGUUUUUAUCUAAAAAGAUCAAUGGAUAUGUAAAAUAUUUAUUAGACACUAGCAUAUUAAAAGGUUACUUAUUUAUAUUUUACAAAAUGUUCAUAUUAUGCUACAUUUCCUAUAUUCAAUUUAUGUAUUAAUUUAAUAUUCUUUUACCAUUUAGCCUAAGGCUGAUGAUCUGUUAAAAAACUUAUCCAUGGGAUUCCUCAUAGGGUCAAGUGUUUGCCUGUGUUUAGCAAUGGUCAUCUUUAUCAUUCAAAUCAGGUAAGAUCAUAAUGUAUAUAAAUUUAUUAAAAAGUGAUUCACUAAAAGGGGCACUACAUGAGUGUGUAUGUGUGUACAGACCUGUUUACUCUUACGAUUUUGGCGUACAAUGUACGAUUUUUAGAUGUCUUUUACGAUAGUACGCUGAUACCCGCUAAAACUACGAUUUUCAGAGGCCCGUUGAAAAAAAAAAUUCCUGAUUAAACAAAUAAUAAAUAUUCGGUUUUGGCAAUUUUAGCGCUCUCUAAAAUAAAGAUCUGGCAGUGAAUAUGACCGAGAAAAACGAUUGGUUGCUUUUUUUUCUUGGGACAAUUCUUCAUUAUAUUUCGUAAGCACUAAUGGGGGGAGGUGGGGGCUCUUGAUUAAGGAAAUUGUGGCAUGCGAAACACGCAUGGGUAGGGGAUUGGUGGGAGUGUCAAAGGAUAUAAAUAAAUAACCGCGAAGUAUCGUAUUGAUGGUUAUUGUCGUAUUGCUGCUUUGUGUGUCACAGUCACAGUGAACUAGCUGGCUGCGUCAACAGCAGUAUUUAGAUUUGUCACCCUAGCGACAACUGCUCUUACCAUCGCCUUUGACUGCUAGCAAGCGUGUGACGUAGUUUUGUUGCAUAAUUAUUUUGUUCCUCAGAAACGCGGCGAUUGUGAAAACGGAUGGUUUAUAAAAUAGAAUACAUUAUCCAACUGGUCUGGACUGGAGCGUUGGCUUUGGGCAUAUUUUAUAAGAGCCAGUCAGCGGCAUUUACAAACCAUGUUUAUAACUCAUAAAGCAGCUCUAUGCCCUCAACGAUUUUAAUCCAACAGUUUGGUAUCACUACUCCUACUACCCCCCCUCCCCCCCUCGCCCCACACACUUUUCUUUUUGCAGCUUGCGGUAAUUAGACUAUAGCAGUGGUUGGCAAAGCGCGGCUCGCGAGUUGCAUGCAGCUCUUAAGUGAUCCAAGUGCGGCUCGGUCAGCCGGCCACGAACGGGUUUGACUCCCAAAAACAUGGUUCUUGAUAGGUUCUUGAAAAAAAAUUGGCUCUUAAAUUUUAAUCGCCCUGCUUGUGAUUUUUUGGCUCUUAUAACUAAUGAAUGUGCCCACCACUGGACUAAAAGUGUGUUAGCAGGAAGAAAAAAAAACAGAGGCCUUUUGGGGAAGCGACGGCACAGUUUUUUCACCCUUAAUGAGGGUGGGGGGUGGUUGGAAACAAUUACGUCACAGCACGGAAAGACGUGUUGUCCUUAUGUCAUGUUAACUAUUACCACGGUACUACUGUGAUUUCUUGAUGAAAACGCAAAGCAUUAGUAUACGAUAACGGCCAAACAUUGUGGUGAUAUUUUUAUAGCCUUAAUAAUAAUAAUUAAUAAUAGGCCUAAUUGGAAUUCGUGGAUUUCACAGAGUUUUCGGCCAUGCCCAUCGUCAGCGCGAACGUAAUAAACAGUCGGGCUUUUCAUUAGCCAUCAAUCAGAGACAAAAGGGGUGGUGUUGAUUUAGGAGAUCGUGUGCAUGGCGUGCAUUUAAAUUUAGAUACUCAACACCGCCAAAUUUUCGUAAUGACAGUUCGGGUGUGUGUGUGUGUGGGGGGGGGAUCCUCGGCAGAAAGUAUGUGCGUUAGUAAGAAAAUUCUACAAUAUUCAUCCCGAAACUCUCAAAGUCGAAAAAUAGCAUAUUUACAUCUCGAAUGCUGUAAAAUAACUCCCAGUGUUUAGUACGAAUUAUAGAGGUGUUUUCACAAAUGAACUCGCUAGCUGUACUCAGUAGCAGUAGUAGAAAUUACGGUAUGAGGAUGUUAAGUCCACCGAAUGUUCUAACAUUUUCGUUAGCCGGCGCCUAUGCCAUAUUAGGUUUUCACCAGGCUCCUUGUGUGAAAUUCUAACAAGUACACUUGGAAAUAGCGAAUACAAAAAUAAAAUAAAGGGUGGAAUAAGAAUAAAUAGAACACGUAUGUAGGGCGCCACCUGUAACUGCAAACAGUAGAUACUCAAGUGGGUAACUGAACCGAAAGUUGUCACAUUGGAUUAAAAAUGAUAACCAAAUUAUGAAAUGUUUUUAAUAUUUCGCAACGCCCCUGUGAGGAAGCCGCAGCAGCCCAGAUAGAAAAUUUGCCCCACCACCCACCCCCCCCCCACGUGGGCGGACCAGUAAAAAGAAAAUUUAUUUCGCCCUUAAUCUUUGUGAUGUAAAUGGUAUUUUAUAGCUGAAUUAACUGUUUCAGUUCCUUUCUAUAGACGAUUUGCGCGCCCGUUGCUCUUCGUUACAUUCUCAUGGCCCUGCCCAAGAGCAGCGAGUACCCAGGGCGAUGUAGUCCGAUGUAGCAUCUAUUCUGUGAACCACGAGGCUGGCCGAAUCACCAGUGGUGAAAACCCAUGUCACAUUUUGUUUACUAUAACAUAAUAUACAAUGGUUUUUGUUAAUUUUUGUAUUAUUUUAAUUGGGGAAGGGGGUUGUAAAAAAAAGUCUGCGUGCAAUGGAAAGGCCCGGGGGGGGGGUAAAUAAUUAGACUUCUCUGCGUACCGGUACGUUUUAUAUAGAUGGUCCCUCGUGUUUGUUUGCGUUGUAUGACUGCGCGUUCCAUUUGUUGACGCCAGCUUAACUCGAUUCCACUGAACACCGCUAUAUGAGUAGUUAUUAUAUAUAUAAUGUAUACUGUAGUUUUUUCAUUUGCUAUUAAGAUACUGUAUUGUACGAUUUUGAAACCAUAUUGUACGAUUUUAGGGGUUUGAGGGUAAACAGGUAUAUAUACAUUUAUUUCUAUCUAAUUUUUGCUCAGCUACUGCUCUUCAUUGCCUUAUUGAGACUUGCUAUGACGCCUUAACUUGACGUUGUCUAAUCGACUAAUUGAAUUGAGGCGGGGAAUAAAUUAAUCACUACCAUGAACAUAUCCACCACCAUGGCCUUAUCCAGUACCAUGACCAUAUCCACCACCAUGGCCUUAUCCAGUACCAUGACCAUAUCCACCACCAUGGCCUUAUCCAGUACCAUGACCAUAUCCACCACCAUGGCCUUAUCCAGUACCAUGACCAUAUCCACCACCAUGGCCUACCAUAUCCCCCACCAGGACCUUAUCCAGUACCAUGACCAUAUCCACCACCAGGGCCUUAUCCAGUACCAUGACCAUAUCCACCACCAGGGCCUUAUCCAGUACAUGACCAUAUCCACCACCAUGGCCUUAUCCAGUACCAUGACCAUAUCCACCACCAUGGCCCUAUCCAGUACCAUGACCAUAUCCACCACCAUGGCUUUAUCCAGUACCAUGACCAUAUCCACCACCCUGGCCUUAUCCAGUACCAUGACCAUAUCCACCACCAUGGCCUUAUCCAGUACCAUGACCAUAUCCACCACCAUGGCCUUAUCCAGUACCAUGACCAUAUCCACCACCAUGUCCUAUCCUCCACCAUGAACUUUCCACCACCAUGUCCUAUCCACCACAUCUAUCCACAAACUAUUAAGUGGGGAGUAGUAUUUCCAUGCAAUUUCAUGAUUCAAUAAAAGGGCUAUAGGAAGGAAAUUAUCUAUUCCUUACCAGUUCGUUGGUCUUUUGUGGUUUGGAAGUAACGCUCGAACUCUUAGAAAAGCAAAGACAGGUGAUCAUGCACCAACUGUGGGAAUGAAUGCUCAGUCUCAGUCUCGCCUAAAGUCCCCGCUAAUGUUUGCAACAUGUCCAAAAUGACUCUGUUCACGCGCCGUCCCCACAACUCCAGUUUGGCUUUAAACGCAGCUACUUUGUCUUCCGAAUUGAGAACAGUUGUCAUUUUCUCCUGAAGAGACAGAUUGAGUUCAUUAAGCUGGCUGAAUAUGUCACACAGGUAAGCCAGUCUUGCGACCCAUACCUUGUCACUGAAAUUUGCUGCCUGGGGUGACUUUUUUUCUGAGAGUAAUCUUUUCAACGGCUCUCGUAAUUUCAAAUACUCUGUUUAGCGAUUUUCCUCUGGAUAACCAUCUUAUUUCUGUGUACAAAAGAAGGCAUCUGUGCUCUGUGUACAAAAGAAGGCAUCUGUGCUCUGUGUACAAAAAAGGCAUCUGUGCUCUGUGUACAAAAGAAGGCAUCUGUGCUCUGCGUCCAUCUCCUCACAAAGCUGCGGAAACAGGUGCGAUUUAAGUGUGUGUUCUUUGAUGUGGUUAACUAAAUAAAUUAAUAUGAUAAUAAAUUCCGGUGACAUUUUUCGGCUUACCAGCAUUUUCCUGUGAAUGCUACAAUGCAUAGAUUCACUCUCAGCUGCAACCUCCUUAAACCCAGCAGUUAAACCAGUACCAGCAUUUUCCUGUGAAUGCUACAAUGCAUAGAUUCACUCUCAGGUGCAACCUCCUUAAACCCAGCAGUUAAACCAGUACCAGCAUUUUCCUGUGAAUGCUACAAUGCAUAGAUUCACUCUCAGGUGCAACCUCCUUAAACCCAGCAGUUAAACCAGUACCAGCAUUUUCCUGUGAAUGCUACAAUGCAUAGAUUCACUCUCAGGUGCAACCUCCUUAAACCCAGCAGUUAAACCAGUACCAGCAUUUUCCUGUGAAUGCUACAAUGCAUAGAUUCACUCUCAGGUGCAACCUCCUUAAACCCAGCAGUUAAACCAGACAGUCGUCCGGUCAUGGCAGCAGCUUUUCCGUCUGUGCAUAUGCCGACACAAAAGGACCGUUUUAGUUGGCCUGAUAGAUAACCAUCCAGCUCCUGUGGUGUUGGUUGGCAUCCAGUGACUUGUACAGAUCUGCUCCUGUGGUGUUGGUUGGCAUCCAGUGACUUGUACAGAUCUGCUCCUGUGGUGUUGGUUGGCAUCCAGUGACUUGUACAGAUCUGCUCCUGUGGUGUUGGUUGGCAUCCAGUGACUUGUACAGAUCUGCUCCUGUGGUGUUGGUUGGCAUCCAGUGACUUGUACAGAUCUGCUCCUGUGGUGUUGGUUGGCAAAGAUAGGGCACAUAAUAAAUCCUCAUGUACAUCCUCCUGAUAAAGAUAUCGCACAUAUAAAGAGUAGUAUCAUCUUUUUAACGUCAGCGUCUCCUAGAAGUUCACGGCAAAUGUCUUUAGUAGAUGGCAAGAUCAAUUCUUUACUGAUAGUGAAUGGCUUUUUAGCCUCAGCAAUACGGUUAGCCACCAAAUAUGAUGCUCUCAGUGCAUUCUCCUUUAUUGGUGGGGAGGCCCUCAGAAAUUUCGCUGUUCUUCGUGUUCGCGUUUUUUUUUUCAUUCAAAAUAGUCCAGAGCACUUGGAGCUCUAGCGGCGAAGCAGUUUUGAAGGUUUCAUUGCCUCAUUAGAGAGCCGGUCACCGCAAACUAAGCAGAGCGGGAUUGGUGUGUGGGAAUCACCGGUCCCUAUAAAUCCAUAUUUCAAGUAGGACUCAUGGUAUUGUCUUUUAAAAAGUUGUAUGCAUUUUCUUUGAUUUUGAAGGCUCUUCUGUCACAUCACUGACUGGGGCUUUUCUUCAAUUUCGAAAAUCCCGGUUUUCAUACCUCCAAGUAUUUUUAGCAUCCUUUAUGGUCCGGUAUUUUCGAGAUUCGGGAUCCUGGAUUGCAACCCCUACUAGCUAGCUAUCGCUUUGAUAGUACUCAGUAGUAGCAGUAGAUCAGUAAUAUUUCUUCCACCGUAUCUCAAUGUGCUAGUUCAGUGGUUCCUACAUUGUUUGAUUCCCGGCGCUUAUGCCGAAUUUAGGUUUUCAUCAUUCCUUUGCAGCCCUCUCGGAUACUACUUUUCAGCUAAGUGCUGUUUUUAUGUUAUUCUAUUUUUACUGGUGUUAGAACGCUGCGGAGGCAAUGCUUCACCUGGUGUGAAGCCAGAAAUAGUGCCACUUAAUUUUCAGAAAAAGUGCCCCCGGGGCGUAUCAGUAAAAAAAAAGACGCUUUUUGGUCCCCUUCGUCUUUCUGCAGUGUGUGGUAUUUGACAUUUUUUAUUCACUAUUAUAAUCAUAAAUAAAGAAGAAUUUGGUGCCCGCUGUGACUGCUCUCUUUGCCCCAUUCUCAUGGCUAUGCCUCAGGGUAACAUGGCACCCAGAGCGAUGCAUUUUAUGGGGACCACUGGGCUGGCUGUAUUGUCGGCUGUAUAAACAAGCGACUCAUUUUUUAUUUUUUAUUUUUAGCCCUCUGACAUUGUUUGAUGUCUUUGGUGUUUUUAUAUAGGGAUGGGGGCUAAAAGCUACUCGUACAUACAAGUUUGGGGAAGGGGUGGGAGUGUCCAAAAUAAAAUCAGGCACAACAACAUUAUCCCCCCCCAACCCUUUUUGACGGUAUGGUUCCAGUUGGUGUGAGCCUUUGUGUCCGUACUUAUCAUCCAGAAAAUGUGGUAAGCUUAUAAAAUGGAAAUAAUUUAAUGUUUCUUGGGAUGCCCGCUACCAUUUGAUCCACGGACCGGUACCGGUCCGCGGCCCGGCGUUUGGGGACCACUGGUGUAGGGGACUUGACUUCUAGAUGACCUGCAGUUACUUUGGAGCUCGUCCAAAGCUAACAAAUAUUCAUUCAGUUUGACCAAAGCCAACCAGGGCAAGUUUAAUUCCAACCAGGAUUCCCCAAAGCCAACCAGGGCAAGUUUACUUCCAACCAGGAUUCACCAAAUCCAACCAGGGCAAGUUUAAAUCCAACCAGGAUUCACCAAACCCAACCAGGGCAAGUUUAACUCCAACCUGGAAUCACCAAAGCCAACCAGGGCAAGUUAAAUUCCAACCAGGAUUCACCAAAGCCAACCAGGGCAAGUUAAAGUCUAACCAGGGGUCACCAAAGCCAACCAGGUCAAGUUUAAAUCCAACCAGGAUUCACCAAAACCCGACCAAGUCUCAUGCAAAGAAAAGAAAUACUGAUACAAAUGCAGACAAAACUCAUUCCAAGCCUACCAAGAUCCGUCCCGAGGCAACCACCUGAGGCUGGUUUAAAUAAUCAACUCUUUGAUUUAACUCCCGGAAAAAUUGGGUUAACUGAGUUUUUGAAAAAAUAUCAAAUAACAGAUUAUUCGCUGAUUUCUCCGUGCAACCUCAGUGCUGGCAAUGUUAUUCCAUUUAGAAUAAGUAGCCUCGACCUCUCCCACCACCUACUUCAGUUUAAUACUUCUUGCUUCAAUGUUCAUUUUGAUAUUUUGUCCUGUCUGAGGUAUUUCAUUUAAAAAUCACAAUUAUUGUCUAUUGUCAACUAUAUUCAGGCAUUCAAACUGUUUUUGUCUUAGGAAGCUGAAAAGAGAAAGAGCAGUCACGCAUUUAAGCCUCUGUGGCUCAUUGGUAAUA